CGUUGAUCCCUUUACCCGUAAAGAGUGGUAUGAUGUAAAAGCGCCAUCCAUUUUUGAAGUGAGAAAUGUCGGUAAAACUCUCGUUAACCGCACACAAGGUCUAAAAAACGCCAACGAUGCUUUAAAGGGUCGCGUGUUUGAGGUGUCUUUGGCUGAUUUGAACAAAGACGAAGAACAAGCCUUCCGAAAGAUCAAACUCAGAGUUGAUGAAGUACAAGGUAAAAACCUGUUGACCAAUUUUCAUGGUAUGGACUUCACCUCUGAUAAACUCCGGUCUCUCGUUAGGAAAUGGCAGUCUCUCAUCGAAGCUCACGUCGAUGUAAAGACUACUGAUGGCUAUUUGUUACGUCUUUUUGCUAUCGCCUUUACUAGAAGACGACCAAAUCAAGUUAGUAAGACUACAUACGCUCAGUCCUCUCAAAUUCGCCAAAUUCGUAAGAAGAUGUUUGAUAUUAUGACACAACAAGCAACUUCUGUUGAUUUGAAAGAAUUGGUUUUGAAAUUCGUGCCUGAGUCAAUUGGUCGUGACAUUGAAAAGGCUUGCCAAGGCAUUUAUCCUCUUCAAAAUGUAUACAUCCGUAAGGUCAAGAUCCUUAAAAGUCCCAAAUUUGAUGUACAAAAGUUAUUGGAUUUACACGGUGAUAAUCUUGACACCGGUUCUAAAAUGGGAGGGGGUAGAGAAUUCAAAGAACCAGAAAUUCAAGAAUCUGUAUAA